AUCGCCUGCUUCCCUUUCCAAUUUUCUCAUCGCCUUCGGAAAUGGAACAGGGAAGGAGCAUUAUUCUUUGAUACCGAAUUUUGAUUCUCAUUCUCACGCUUUUUCUUCUCCCUUUCCAAUCUGCGUUUUUCAUCAAUAUCAGAAAUAGAAGGAAAAUUCAAUUCAGACACAAGCAGAUAUAGAAAUGUCUGGCCACUGGGGAAUUCUUGUUUCAGAUCCCGGGCUUCAAAAUCAGUUUACUCAAGUUGAACUUCGCAGCUUAAAAUCCCAAUUCAUGAGCAUGAGGAGAGAGAGUGAGAAGCUCGCGCUUAGGGACUUGGCUUCCAAGAUGUCGACAUUAAAAGUGGUGGGAGAAAAUCUGAGUGAGGAGGAGAGAGCUGCUUCUAUCAAGGAUUUGUAUAAGAAUGUAGACGAGGAGGUGGAUUUUGAGUCAUUUCUCAAGGUUUACUUGAAACUACAAACUCUUGCAAGUUCCAGAAUAGCGGGUAGUCCAAAGAAUUCCUCGGCAUUUCUGAAAGCUGCUACCACUACAUUGCUUCACACAAUCAGUGAAUCUGAGAAGGCAUCUUAUGUUGCACAUAUAAAUAACUAUCUUGCUGAAGAUGAGUUCCUCAAGAAAUACCUUCCCAUUGAUCCUUCAACAAAUGAUCUCUUUGAGAUUGCAAAGGAUGGCGUUCUUCUAUGUAAGCUUAUCAAUGUGGCAGUUCCGGGCACAAUUGAUGAACGAGCAAUCAAUACUAAAAGAGUACUCAAUCCAUGGGAAAGGAAUGAAAAUCACACGCUCUGCCUCAACUCCGCCAAAGCAAUUGGAUGUACAGUAGUCAAUAUCGGCACCCAGGACUUCAUUGAAGGACGGCGUCAUCUGGUACUAGGAUUGAUUUCACAGAUUAUUAAGAUACAAUUGUUGGCAAACCUCGACCUAAAGAAAACUCCUCAGUUGGUGGAGUUGGCUGAUGAUAGCAAGGACAUGGAAGAGUUAAUGACACUACCUCCAGAGAAAAUGUUGUUAAGGUGGAUGAAUUUCCACUUGAAGAAAGCAGGGUACACGAAGAUAAUUUCUAACUUCUCCUUUGAUGUAAAGGAUGCUGAAGCUUAUGCUCAUCUUCUAAAUGUCCUUGCUCCUGAGUACACCAGUCCAUCAACAUUUGCUGUCAAAAAUCCUUUUGAAAGAGCAGAGUUAGUUCUUGAGCAUGCGGAGAAGAUGGGCUGCAAGCGAUACUUGACUGCAAAAGAUAUAGUUGAAGGUUGUCAAAACCUUAAUCUUGCUUUCGUUGCACAUAUUUUCCAGAAUAGGAAUGGAUUUUCAACCCAAAUAACGCAGGCUUCUCUGCUUCAAACAUUGCCGGAUGACACCCAAGAUUCAAGAGAAGAGAGAGCAUUUCGCCUUUGGAUUAACAGUCUUGGCAAUUCAGCAUACAUCAACAAUGUCUUUGAGGACGUCAGAAAUGGGUGGGUACUUUUAGAGACCCUUGACAAGGUAUCACCAGGGAUUGUCAAUUGGAAGAUUGCUAACAAGCCUCCAAUAAAGAUGCCGUUCAAGAAAGUAGAAAAUUGUAACCAAGUUGUGAAACUAGGGAAACAACUCAGGUUUUCUCUGGUAAACAUUGCUGGCAAUGAUAUUGUGCAGGGAAAUAAAAAGUUAAUACUGGCUUAUUUGUGGCAACUGAUGCGAUACAACAUGCUACAACUUCUUAAGAAUUUGAGACUUCACACCCAUGGAAAGGAGUUAACUGAUGCUGAUAUUCUAGAGUGGGCUAAUCUCAAAGUGAGCAGCUCAAGAAGCCAAAGCCGCAUGGAUAGUUUUAAGGAUAAAAGCCUGUCGAAUGGAAUUUUUUUCCUCGAACUUCUUAGUUCCGUGCAGACUAGAGCUGUCGAUUGGAGUCUUGUCAAAAAAGGAGUAACUGAUGAGGAGAAAAAGAUGAACGCGACCUAUAUAAUCAGCAUUGCUAGAAAGCUAGGAUGUUCCAUAUUCUUGCUUCCUGAAGACAUCACUGAGGUGAAUCAAAAGAUGAUCCUUACACUGACAGCUAGUAUAAUGUAUUGGUUCUUAAAACACCCUCUUGAAGAAAGGACAUUGGGAACUUCGGACAGUGAAAGUGGGAGCCCUCUGGAGACUACAUCAGAUUCAACACUUGAUGACUCUGAUUCUGAUUCAUCCUUAUAGGAUAAAGGGUUCACGUAAAUGGGAUUUUGGUGAAUGAAAUUCUAAGUUUGUAUUUAAAAUUUUUCAUUAUCAUUGAUCAAAAGAUCAAUGUUUGACACUAGGUAAUUCAAUGUAUCAGGAGGAAGAAUUUUUUUCUAGGGAUUAGAAAUCUUCAUUGUUUGCCUUCAUUUCAAAUUUUAUUCUUGUUAAUCCUAAAUUGCAAGUGUAAUUGUAAUUAAACUGUUAAUCUGUUGAAUUCAGUUUUAUCCCAAAA